AUGAAAAUCCUCUCCCUUCUCGUCGCCACCACCCUGGUCAUCGCUUCCUGUGUUGAAGCGCUCCCUCAACCCAUCGUGGACAUCGACGCCGAUUGGGUCAUUGAAGCUGAACGUCAGGCGGCGGCGGUCGAGGCUGAAUACGAAUUUUUCGAUGGCACAGUCAUCCCCUCUCUUGCUGUUCCAUCCUGGGCCUUGACUGUCGUUCCUACCAUUAGCUCGAAGCCCCCCAAAUCUAUCUUCACCUCGGUCACUACCAUGAAGCCCCCCAAGCCCACGGUCUCGUCUGUUACCACCAUGAAGCCCCCUAAGCCCACGGUCUCUGUUGUUACCACUAUCAAUCCCCCCAAGCCCACGGUCUCUGCUGUUACCACCAUGAAGCCCCCUAAGCCCACGGUCUCUGUUGUUACCACUAUCAAUCCCCCCAAGCCCACGGUCUCUUCUGUUACCACCAUUAAGCCCCCUAAGCCUACGGUCUCUUCUGUUACCACCAUGAAGCCCCCUAAGCCCACGGUCUCUGUUGUUACCACUAUCAAUCCCCCCAAGCCCACGGUCUCUGCUGUUACCACCAUGAAGCCCCCUAAGCCCACGGUCUCUGUUGUUACCACUAUCAAUCCCCCCAAGCCUACGGUCUCUUCUGUUACCACCAUUAAGCCCCCUAAGCCUACGGUCUCUUCUGUUACCACCAUGAAGCCCCCUAAGCCCACGGUCUCUGUUGUUACCACUAUCAAUCCCCCCAAGCCCACGGUCUCUUCUGUUACCACCAUGAAGCCCCCUAAGCCCACGGUCUCUGCUGUUACCACUAUCAAUUCCCCCAAGCCCACGGUCUCUGUUGUUACCACUAUCAAUCCCCCCAAGCCUACGGUCUCUUCUGUUACCACCAUUAAGCCCCCUAAGCCCUCGGUCUCUGUUGUUACCACCAUGAAGCCCCCUAAGCCCACGGUCUCUGCUGUUACCACUAUCAAUUCCCCCAAGCCCACGGUCUCUGUUGUUACCACUAUCAAUCCCCCCAAGCCCACGGUCUCCUCUGUUACCACCAUGAAGCCUCCCAGGCCCUCGGUCACCCCUGCGACCACAACCUCGAAGCCUCCUAGACGCACCAUCGCCACCUCCCGCCUUGACGAGUACUAA